AUGGCUCCAUAUGAAGCUUUGUAUGGGAGAAAAUGCCAGUCUCCAUUAUGUUGGUACGAAGCAGGAGAAAAGAGCUUGAUAGGACCUGAAAUGGUAAGUGAAACCACUGAGCAAAUAAAGAGAAUUCGGAGUCGAAUGCUUGAAGCUCAAAACCGUCAGAAGAGCUAUGCUGACCGAAGACGAAAGCCCUUAGAAUUCGAGGAAGGAGAACACGUCUUCUUGAAAGUUACUCCGACCACUGGAAUAGGGAGGUCCAUCAAAACCAAGAAGUUAAAUCCCCGCUACAUUGGGCCAUUCGAAAUCCUGAACAGAAUUGGACCAGUGGCAUAUAAGAUCGCGUUACCACCACAUCUUUCGAACCUGCAUGACGUGUUCCACGUAUCGCAGCUUCGUAAAUACACUUUUGAUCCUAGUCAUGUCCUAGAGCCGGAAUCAGUCCAAGUGAGAGAAGACCUGACGCUUCCAGUAACUCCGGUUAGGAUUGAUGAUACCAGCACCAAACGUCUCCGCAGAAAGGAAGUUUAUUUGGUGAAAGUAGCUUGGAGUCGGGCUGGUAUUGAAGAACAUACCUGGGAGCUUGAAUCGGAGAUGCGAAAGGACUACCCACACCUCUUUUCAGGUAGUGUGUAUGUGAAUGUUGAUGCUUGUUGGAGGCUUGUUGGUGAUCAAGCUUGGUUUGGGGCUGUUUGA